AUGUUUACAUCAUCAAGGCUUUGUAUUCUCAAUUAUAACAGAAAUACAUUGAGUCACGUAUUGAGACAAUCUUCAUAUCAUUCACUUUCAGGUACUGAUUAUUCUAAACUUAUUAGGCAACAAAUUAAGGAUGAGGUUAGCAAUUUAAAAGCACAAAAUCCAAAUUUUAAACCAACUUUGAAGAUAAUUCAAGUCGGUGAUAGACCAGAUUCUUCUACCUAUGUAAGAAUGAAACAAAAAGCGGCUAUUGCUUGCGAUUUAAUUUCAGAUACUGAAAAAUUCCCUAAGGAUAUUUCACAAGCAGAAUUGUUACAAAAAAUUGUUGCCAUUAAUAAUGAUCCAAAUGUUCAAUCUAUUAUGAUUCAAUUGCCAUUACCUUCACAUAUUAAUGAAGAUAUUGUUACUAAUACAAUUGCACCAGAAAAGGAUGUUGAUGGUUUAACUACUGUUAAUAUUGGUAAACUGACACAAAAGAAUGGUAAUCCUUACUUCGUUCCAUGUACUCCUCACGGUAUCAUUAAAUUAUUAAAACAUAAUAAGAUUGAAAUGAACGGAAAAUUGGCUGUUGUAUUAGGUAGAUCAGAUAUCGUAGGUGUUCCUGUAGCGACAUUGUUACGUAAUGAAAAUGCUACGGUUAUUCAGUGUCAUAGUGCAACAAAGGAUGUUGAAAAAUUAAUUGGUAUGGCAGAUAUUGUUGUUGCUGCAUGUGGGAAACCUUUAUUUGUUAAAGGUGAAUGGUUAAAGGAAGGUGCUGUUGUAGUUGAUGUCGGUAUCAACUAUGUAAAGGAUCCAUCAAAGAAAUCUGGUAGUAGAUUAGUAGGUGAUGUCGAUUUUGAAUCUGCAAAGGAAAAGGCUUCAUUUAUUACACCUGUUCCAGGUGGUGUGGGUCCAAUGACAGUCUCCUUAUUGAUGAAUAAUGCUCUCCUUGCCGCUAAGAAACAAUUGAUUAAAUCGGACACGCCAUUAACUAUUAGUAGAUUACCAUUAAAGACAGAAAAGGAUGUUCCAUCUGAUUUUGAAAUUGCCAAGGCACAAACUCCAAAGGAUAUUGCAUUCUUAGGUUCUGAAUUAGGACUUCUACCUAGUGAAUUGGAAUUAUUUGGUUCUUAUAAAGCUAAGGUUUCUCAUUCUGUUUUAAAUAGAUUCAAAGAUAGAGAAAAUGGUAAAUAUGUCUUAGUGGCUGGUAUUACGCCGACACCUUUAGGUGAAGGGAAAUCCACCACAACUGUAGGUCUAGUUCAAGCUUUAACUGCUCAUCUUGGGAAGCCUUCUAUUGCAACUUUACGUCAACCUUCAAUGGGUCCUACCUUUGGGGUUAAGGGAGGUGCUGCAGGUGGUGGUUACUCACAAGUGAUCCCUAUGGAUGAAUUCAACCUCCACUUGACAGGUGACAUUCAUGCAAUUGGUGCUGCUAAUAAUUUAUUAGCUGCUGCUAUUGAUACAAGGGUCUUCCACGAAAGCACUCAAAAGAAUGAUUUGACAUUUUAUAAUAGAUUAGUCCCAAAGACUAAAGGAAAGAGAAAGUUUACACCAUCAAUGUUAAGAAGAUUGGAAAGACUGGGUAUAGAUAAGAAAAAUCCGGAUGAGUUAACUCCAAGUGAAAUUAAUAAGUUUGCAAGAUUGAACAUCGAUAUGGAUACUAUUUCAAUUAAAAGAGUUGUUGAUGUUAAUGAUAGAAUGUUAAGGAAAGUAACUAUUGGUGAAGCUGCUACUGAAAAGGGACAUACCCGUGUCACAGGAUUUGAUAUUACUGUCGCUUCAGAAUUGAUGGCAAUUUUGGCUCUUUCUAAGGAUAUAAAAGAUAUGAGAGAAAGAAUUGGAAACAUGGUAGUUGCAUUUGAUAUCGAAGGUAAACCCGUUACCACUGAAGAUAUCGGGUGUGCAGGUGCAUUAGCAGCUCUAUUGAGAGAUGCCAUUAAACCAAACAUGAUGCAAACUCUUGAAGGUACGCCUGUGUUUGUUCAUGCAGGUCCAUUUGCUAAUAUUUCCAUUGGUGCUUCUUCUGUAUCUGCUGAUCUUAUUGCAUUAAAAUUGGUCGGUACUUCAAAGCAAACUCCAAAUAAGACACCAGGUUAUGUUAUUACAGAGGCAGGUUUUGAUUUUACAAUGGGUGGUGAGAGAUUCUUUGAUAUUAAAUGUCGUGCAUCUGGCUUGGUUCCAAAUGCGGUUGUUUUAGUGUCCACUAUUAGAGCAUUGAAGUCACAUGGUGGGGCUCCAAAUGUUAAGCCAGGCCAACCUUUACCGGAUGAAUAUUUGAAUGAAAAUGUUGACCUUGUAGAAAAUGGUGUUUGUAACCUUGUAAAGCAAAUUGAAAAUGUUAGAAAAUAUGGUGUUCCUGUUGUUGUGGCCAUUAACAAAUUCGGUACUGAUACAGAUGCUGAAAUUGAGGUUGUAAAGAGAGCUUCAAAGGCUGCUGGUGCAUUGGAUGCUGUGGUUUCCACACAUUUUGAAGAUGGUGGUAAAGGUGCAAUUGACUUGGCCCAUGCUGUUGUCAAUGCCACAGAGCAAGAAUCUAAUUUCAAACCAUUAUAUGAUCUAUCUCAACCAUUUGAAGAAAAGAUGACUACUAUCGUACAAGAAUUAUAUAACGGUAAGGAUAUCAGCAUAUCACCAGAAGCCUCCAAGAAGUUAGAAAUGAUUAGAUCUCAAGGCUUUGGUAAUUUACCAAUUUGUGUCGCCAAGACUCAAUACUCUUUGUCUCAUGAUGCGAAAUUAAAGGGUGUUCCUUCUGAUUUUACAUUCCCAAUUAGAGAUGUAAGAUUAUCUACUGGUGGUGGAUACAUCCAAGCAUUGGCCAAUGAGAUUCAAACUAUCCCUGGUUUGUCUACGUAUUCUGGUUAUAUGAACGUUGAAGUUAAUGAAAAGAAUGAAAUCGAAGGUUUAUUCUAG